GGCGGGAGGAGUAAAGAUGGCUGCGCGGGGGUCUCCGCCUUCUGCUCCCGGUUGAAUCGCUGGGGGUGCGGCGGCGACCAGACUAGCAGCAGCGGCGGCAGCCGGGGCCGGGGCCAUGGCGGAGCUGGAGCACCUGGGUGGGAAGCGGGCCGAGUCGGCGCGGGUGCGGCGGGCCGAGCAGCUGCGGCGCUGGCGGGGCUCGCUGACCGAGCAGGAGUCGGCGGAGCGGCGGGGCUCCGGGCGGCAGCUGCCGUCGUCCCGCCGCGGGGGGCCUCGGGUCCGCUUUGAGGACGGGGCCGUCUUCCUAGCAGCCUGCUCUAGCGGGGACACGGACGAAGUGAAGCGGCUGCUCUCCCGGGGAGCAGACAUCAACACAGUCAAUGUCGACGGGCUGACAGCCCUCCACCAGGCCUGUAUUGAUGAAAACUUGGACAUGGUGAAGUUCCUAGUGGAGAACAGAGCCAAUGUAAACCAGCAGGACAAUGAGGGCUGGACUCCUCUUCAUGCAGCAGCUUCCUGUGGCUAUCUUAACAUAGCAGAGUAUUUCAUUAACCAUGGAGCCAGUGUGGCUGCAGUGAAUAGCGAAGGUGAAGUCCCCUCUGACCUUGCAGAAGAAGCAGCAAUGAAGGACCUGCUCCUGGAGCAAGUGAAGAAGCAAGGGGUUGAUCUGGAGCAGUCAAGAAAAGAAGAGGAGCAGCAGAUGUUGCAGGAUGCUCGCCAGUGGCUCAAUAGUGGUAAAAUUGAGGAUGUGAGACAGGCUCGUUCAGGGGCCACCGCCCUCCACGUGGCUGCUGCCAAGGGCUACUCUGAAGUUCUCAGGCUUUUGAUUCAGGCUGGCUAUGAACUGAACGUUCAGGAUCAUGAUGGCUGGACUCCCCUCCAUGCUGCUGCACAUUGGGGGGUGAAAGAGGCCUGUUCCAUCCUGGCAGAAGCACUCUGUGACAUGGAUAUCAGGAACAAACUGGGCCAAACACCCUUCGAUGUGGCUGAUGAAGGGCUUGUGGAACAUUUGGAGAUGCUCCAGAAGAAACAGAAUGUGCUUCGAAGUGAGAAAGAGACGAGAAACAAACUCAUUGAAGCAGACCUGAAUGGCAAAUUGCAGAGUGGAAUCUUUAAAAACAAAGAGAAGAUUCUGUAUGAUGAGGAAACACCCAAGUCCCAAGAAGCAGAGGAAGAGAUUAAGGAAUCUAGCAGCUCUAGCUCCGAAGAAGAGGAAGAAGGUGAAGAGGAAGCUUCCGAGUCAGACACUGAGAAGGAGGCAGAUCAAAAGCCAGAGGCUGUUGUCAACCACUCCAGUUCUGAAUCAAAGAGUACCAUCAUGGAGCAGAUACCACCACCAUCUCAGAAUAUCCUCUCUGCUUCUCCUGCCAGAAGAUUCUCCUCUAGUUUCUUUAAUAAGGCAGAAGAGCCCAAGGAUGAAUCACCCGCCUCAUGGCGACUUGGACUCCGAAAGACCGGCAGCCACAACAUGCUCAGUGAGGUGGCCAGUCCUCGUGAGGCUUUAAGGGAUCGAGGCUCCUCCAUCUACCGCUCAUCAUCGAGCCCCAGGAUUUCUGCGCUGCUAGACAACAAAGAAAAGGAGAGGGAAAACAAAAGCUAUUUUUCCUCACUAGCCCCCCGGAGGCUCAAUAACGCAAGCGACAUUGAGGAAAAGGAAAACAGAGAAUCAGCUGUUAAUCUGGUGCGGAGUGGCUCUUAUACCCGGCAGCUUUGGAGGGAUGAAGCAAAGGGAAACGAAACUUCUCAGACUGGUGCUCCUUCCACCUAUGUGUCAACCUACUUGAAAAGUGCUUCAUUUGGUAGAAGUAGUGACCCCACCAGUCCCUACAUUUCAGCCAAUCGCAAUUCAUCUCCUGCUACCUCACCCACUACCAUUGGUUCAUCUACCUCUCGAGGCAGCCAGUGGCAGCCUACCUCUUCCUGCCCUACACCAAUCAGUGCAAAUACUACUGCGUCCGUUCACCAUGGCAGAACUCCUUACAAGCUCCAUGCAGAUCCAUCUGUGGAAAAAGCUGCAGACAGCGUGUCCUCUAGUACCCCGCUGUGUGUGAUCACCAAUCGUCCCCUGCCUAGCACUGCCAAUGGGGUUACAGCCGCCAAUGUGCUCUCAACUACUGGGACAGACUCCUCCACAGAAGCCAGGGAGAGGAGGCGGUCAUAUCUAACACCUGUACGGGACGAGGAAGCAGAGUCCCAGCGGAAAGCACGGUCCAGACAAGCUCGGCAGACUCGAAGAUCCACCCAGGGUGUCACUCUAACUGAUCUUCAAGAAGCAGAGAGGACUUUCAGCCGAUCGCGGGCAGAAAGGCAAUCUCAAGAACAGCCAAGCGAAAAAACUGAAAGUGGUCUGGAGGGACUCGAGGGCAGCAGUGAAAAACAGGAGCCACUCACAGCACUGACGAAAGAAACUGGAGAGAGCCAGCAGAGUGGGAGUAGGAGCUGGGAGGAGGAGCCUUCUUAUGGACGACUGAGGUACCUAACCCAGCAAAAUAAACCCACAACACCAGUUUCUCCUUCUGGGUCAAACCCCUUGCUUUCCAUUGGAUCCCAUCUCCUCCGGGCAAGUAGGUCUUCAGGUGUGGACUCUGAGAGUUCAGAAACUGCCACAAGCACUGCUAAAGACAUGGAAAAAAAUGAGAGUGAAGAUCCAGAUUUGGAUGACCAGUCCUCUAAUAAGACAUCCAUCCGAGAGAGGCGCCGGCCCAAGGAAAGGCGAAGAGGUACAGGCAUCAACUUCUGGACAAAGGAUGGAGACGAAGAUGUCACAGAAGACAUGAAAGAGGCAUGGCAUGAAAGACUUUCUAGGCUGGAAUCAGGAGGCGGUAGCCUCACCACCACUGAUACUUAUAGUGACCGGGCUUCAGCAAAGGCCCGCCGGGAAGCCCGAAUAGCUUCUUUGACAAGUCGAGUGGAAGAGGACAGCCAAAGGGAUUACAGAAAACUCUAUGAGACUGCCCUGACGGAAAACCAGAAGCUGAAAACCAAACUGCAGGAGGCCCAGCGGGAGCUGGCAGAAGUCAAAUCUAAAUUGGAAAAGGUGGCCCAGCAGAAACAAGAAAAAACCUCUGACCGAUCAACAAUGCUGGAGGUGGAGAAAAGGGAGAGGCGAGCCCUGGAACGGAAAAUGUCAGAAAUGGAGGAGGAGAUGAAGCUUCUUUUCUUACUGGUUAUGACACCAAGAGGCAGCUUUCUGGAGCACAGGUUUUCUUCACUUGGAGAACAGGACUAUUGGGCUAGAAAAAUGGAGGCUGUUUGGAUCCGUCAAGGUUUUGACAGAACUCAAGUCCGACAACCAGAGGCUGAAAGAUGAAAAUGGUGCCCUCAUCAGAGUUAUCAGCAAGCUGUCCAAAUAGACUCAUUCUUUGGAAGGGAAAGCACUUGCCGUCCCCCAGCCCCCAUUCCCCUCUGCCUCCACCUUCCAACCAAAAGGAGUCAGUGUUUGUGACUGAAGAACCCCUCCCUGUCCCACCACCCCAAACAUUUAUUUUUCCUGCACACCCCAGAUCUCAUCUACCCCCAUGUUUUAGGAGAGUUUUCAUGGAGACAUCAUGGUGGUAAUGAGAGAUGGCCAUCUGGGGCAGGGUGGAGCGCCUCUGGCGCUCGCUGUUGCUCACAUUAGACUCAGUCCAGACCUGAAAGGCUUAUCCUUCUCAACCAGCACCAUCGCAGCAAUAGCCUGGUCCAUUGGCCCUGUGUGUUGGGGGGAGGAGGGUGGAUCAGUGUGAAGGCUGCCACCUGCUGGCCCAGGGAUCCCAUUGGGAGUGCCAUGUGCCCAAGGAAAACAGCUGGACUGAUUUAAUCACCAGACAACUGCCGGGGGCAUGUUUUUAUUAGACUUGGGUGACAGUUGCUUCACAGUGAGACUGUUCUCAUUCUCCCAGGAAACAUCUUUUCAUGGCGACUACAUGACUUCUAUUUCAUCUGUUUGGUAAGGUUGCAGAAGAGCCUCAACCUCCACUCCCCCUUGUACAGUUUUCUCCCCAGGGCCCAGGUGGCCUUGCUUCACUUAGUGUUUUCUUCCUCUCCUUUUCCCUUCCCGCUUGGCCACCCAUCUAAAAUCCAUGUUGUAGCAUCUGAGCUCCAUUGACCUUAGCUACUUACAGUGGUAUUUUCUGAAGCUGUCAGGGGAAAAGAAUUACCCUAUCAGCCAGCAGCACCUGCUCCCUCUCUGAGGGUGGUGUCAUGUACCAUCAGGGUGCACACAAGCACCUCACCCAUUAUUCUAGAUGCUAUCUAGGCUGUGAAAACCCCACUCCCCCCCCCAAUCCCAGGGAGGAUGUUGUGUUUUGUUUUCCUCUCAGCCUUACUGCAUGUCUCUGGUGGGAAAAUAGCCCAACAUAAGGAGGCCCAGGGAGAGGGAGGCAGGUGAAAGGCUCAGAGUGGAGACAAGUUGGAAAGAGGCUUAAGUUGUGUUAGUGGGAAAUCAUAACUUGAACAUAAUGACCAAGAAAACUAAAAGCAGUUCGUGUUGCUGGGAUGAGGACUGAAGAAACUUAAAUGUUGGAACGACAUAGUGGCCUGCUCUUAGAGGCUUUUCCAUCUUAAAAAAUCAGUGGGGAAACAACUUGAGGGAGAAGCAAAAAGAAAAAUGGAGUGUCUUCAAGCUAUUUAAGUGAGUUAUGAUAUCAUAGAGUCUUAGAGCUGGAAGGAGCCAGAGGUAAUUUAAUCCAGCCAACCAACUGACGCUUCUACAGCAUUUUAGGCAGAACAGAUGAUAGAUCAUCCUCUACUUGAACACUUCCAGUGACGGGAAGCUCACUGUAAGAAAGCAUGUUCCAUUAUUAGCUAGCUUGAAUUUUUAGGAAGUUCUUCCUAAAUCUAACACUAUGCUUCAUUCACUGAUACAACAUGUCCUCUGGAGCCAUACAGUUAUUACAGUCGUUUAAAUAUUUGAAGACAAUUAUCAUGGAUUUCUCCCUCCCCAAAUGUCUUCUCUAUGCCAAAUGUCCUUCAGCUGUUCCUCCUGAUCGUCUCCAGGCUCUCCACUCUCCUGGUCACCAUCUCCUAGUGUAAUGCUCCUAGUGUGGUAUGACCAGUGGAGCAUAUGGUAGAACUCUUACCUCCCUUGAUCCGGACACUCUUGUCUUUAUUAAUGCAGCAUGGGAGAACAUUAGCUGUUUUAGCAGCUGCAUCACACUGUUGGCUCAUAUUGAGUUUCUGGUCAACUAGAACUACCCCAGUCUUUUUCUCAGAUGUGACUUUGGGGGUACCAUCCUUGCUAUAUAAAAUUCAGUGAGUUUUCAUUCAAGUCCAGUGAUCAGUUUUCUCAUGUAUACUGCCUCUGCCCACUCUGAGUCUCCUCUGUUCAUCAAAGUAGAGAAACUCUUCCUAGGUGUCUGAAGCAUCUAGCAAUCAGAAGUUACAUUUCAAGGGUUUCAAACUUUGUAUUCCUCACCAAAACUCAGUUUUAUAGUCUUGCAAAAUGAUGUGUUGAUUCCUUUUCCAACCAUAGGUCAAGGAAAGCUAUUAUUCUAUGAUAUUUGGGUGGCAUUUCAGAAUUGGAAAAAUAUUCACUUAAGGGUAAUGAGUGAGAUGAGUUGUACUAUAAGCAUUUGCUUUAUUCUAAUCAAUGAGAUAGUCUAUAAUGUCAUAAAAGACACUGGAAUAUUAUCUAGCCAUGUUUUGGUCAUUUGGGGAAUUCCAGUAGUUAUCUCCCUUAGGAGAAAACCAUCAAAUUCUUCAAAUAUCUCUGGCCAUCUCAAUAGAGUGAGGUCAAAUAGGGCUGCUUAGAUUUUCUUAUGUUGGGGCAGUCCCCCUCAAUUGACUUUUCUAGAAACCUCACUUGUGUCUGUUCUGACUGUAGAAUAUAUCUGAUUCCCUCUUUGACCUUCCUACCCCUCCUUCCAGCUUCUACCCGAGUUUUCUGAAGCCACUGACAAAUAUUCAGCUUUUCAUGCAGCUCACUGGCAGCCCCAAAACACAUAUGCUUACCUCUGCUAUAUUGCUAUCCAAGGAGUGAGAGACUCUUCAUUAAACCUGGGGUUUCUGUGAAGCAGAGAGUACCUGAGUUAUUUUUAAAAAAACCAACUUCCUUGUUUAAAUGAAAAAGCUCCUGAAUGAAGGUCAGCAAGGGGUACUCACAAGGCUGUGCACUCCACUGCCUUGCCUCAGACCCUGGUCACCCUCUUGGUCACCACCACCACUCUUCCAGAAUUGCGGCAGGGUGCCUCUGGAUCCUGUUGAAGUCUCCCCUCAGACGUGGCAGCAUUUCAGUCUCGGUCACUUCUUGCUGCAAAUUGGAUUGCAUAAGCGAUACAAAUAGCAUCAAAAGGCUCCUUAUGCCCUCCCUUAGAAAGUAAAUGAAAAUUUCGGCAGAUACUAAGUUCAUUGCGCAAGGCCCAGUGCCAAGGGCCAGGUAUACAAAGACAAGAAUGAGAGGGCCCUUGACUAGUAUAUUGUAGGAAGAAAUGAUGUGGAGAAAAUAUUUCUUUGGGUUUUACUAAUUCUUCAUUCCUAAAUCCUGCAUCCUCACUAUCCUGACAUGUCUCAGGGCAUCGCCCCCCAAUAUAUUUACCUACUGACUGACCCCACUGGCUUCAGUCAAUCUAGAUUAAGUAGGAAUCUGGUGUAUGAAGAGGUGCAAGUUGAGAGAUGACCUGAUUUUUAACCCUGGAGUUCUCCCUUGUCUCUUGAAUCUCUGCCAGGUUAGUGUUGGCAUUAAGGAAUUACCAAGAUUUUAUAAAAUUCUUGGCCCCCAACUCCAACUAGUGAACACCAUGCACGAGUCUUGCAGAAAUGGCCACAACCUAGCACAGAUGUAAUCCCUUUGUACCAAAAAAUGAAGCAGCACUGAGAGGAAAUGAACACAACCUCAUAGAAGGGGUUACCCCUGGGGUUUUGUCGUAAACUGGGUAACCUUGGACAUGCUGUAUUUCUGGGCCUGUUUUCUUAUCUGUAAAAUGAGGGAGGCUGACUAGAUAUCUCAUGCACCGAGAGUCUAUGACAAUUUUUAGAAGAUUAGAGCAUUUUUCCAUCCUUAGCAGAACUGCUGCUGUUUGUUACUUGGGAAACUCAAGCAUAAGAGCAUCAUUGUUUUCUUCUGAAUAGGAGUCUUCAGAGUCAGGGCUGACUUGUCAGCCUCGUUGGAAAGUGAUUUUAAUACUGAGGGUGAUCGAAUGGUGUUACAUUCGCUCUUCCUCAAAAUGGCUCCAUAAGGACAUUACAGCCUGCAGAGGGGGAAAUUGAAGCUUGUGGAGAAAUGGGCAGAAAGCAAUUUGUGGUGAGGUUUUAAUGGGAAAUGGGGGGUAGCUCUUUGUAGGCCUGGCCCACCACCUUCCCAAGACCUCUUGCUUGGUUUCCACUGUUCCUUACUCCAGGCCCACAGUCUGGUUGUAUUCUCCACGCCCCAGCUUUUUCAUAAAUAGACCCAAAUUCUACAGCAAAAAGAGAAAAAUUUUACUUUGCAGAUGCCCCUAGUUUGGGUUCCUUAGAGCUUCUCUAGAGUCAGGACUGUUUGGUGUGAGAAGGAGUGGCUGAGGUUUUGUUCAAAGCAAUUUCCCAUGAGAGUAGAAGGUUUGUAAAGGAGACCACUGGGUCAAUAAGCAUUGGCAAACAGGCAGGCGGGGCCCUGUCUUACUGAGCACCAUCUGUCUUCAGCAAAUUGCCCCACAGAGUAAGAGAUGGAAGUGCAAUGAGUAGGACUGAAAGUUGAAAGCCCGGUAAGGGAGAGUCGUCUGUAUGCACGUGCCGGAGCAGGAAGGAGGGAAGACCUAGACAGUGGGAUUGAGGUUCACAAUGCAUAGAGGCCAAGACUGACACUGAAAGGGAAGGUUAGCCAUAUAGAAUUAAAGCUUCAGCCUGCAGUAUGAAAUCAUUGUUCUAGAUUUUAAUCAACUUUCUUAAUGGGUAUUGACACUUCAGGAGCAUCAGCCCAACAUUGCGGCUGCUAUAUUGAUCUCCUGCAUUCUGAUUACUUUGGAAAAACAGACCAACUUCUUCCUGCAGCCAAGAAACUGUUAGUAUCACAGCUAUCAACAAAUAAGGCAGUUCACUAGAGAAAAAUUCCAGUAGGAAACCUGAACUGUGCACCUGAGAGAAGCUGUUCCCUAUCCUUUGGGAGUGGUGGUCAAAGAAUGACCCCUGGCCAUUCUACAGGUCACUUAGGAUCAAUCCCUCCUCCAUCCUCAAAAAAGAGCUGCAGAUAAAAUCUGGUGGAGAAGGCAGAGGCUUGGUUUUAUAGCUUUCCCGUUAAUGAUUGUUCUGACUUCGUCUGAGAUCUAUUAGAAAUUUUAAGAUCAUUCUUUUAUCAAUAAUACAGGGGUUUGGGAAUUGCUAAGCUGAUGUCAAUGCUGUGUAAAGAUGUGGGACGCUCAAUUGGAGAUGCAAUCAUAGGACACCAUUGUCUUCAAUGGUCCCAACAGUUUAUCUCUUCUUAUCCCCAGCCCUCCCUAUCUUGGGAGCCCCCCUUUUGAUAAUCCCUUCACCUACUUUGGACCAUGGAAAUGAUGUCAUUUGGAUUAUCUCUUCUCAAAUCCUCCCUGAAUGCCCCUUUCCUCUUUUGUAGUGUCACCUAAGGGUCACAUCAGGACCCCCUUAUGUCCUUUAGGAAUGGCUAGAUGUCCCCUUCUCUUUCUUCCCCACAUACAUUUCCUCCUGUUCCAGGCAUUGUGGAGUGGAUGUCUGUUUAGUGAAGGAGCUUUUCCAAGAAUGCAGUGAGAUGGAAGUUGGAACACCACAUAAUGCCCUCAGUUUCAGGGGUCCUGAUGUCCUAAUGGGCUAGGGACCCAUUAAAAAAAGUCCAUAGGGCUUUUGUUCAGGACAUCCUCCUGUCACUUCUAGGAAGGCCACAGAACUAUGACUUCAGACCUUUUUUUUGCAGGGAUCAGUGCUGAAUAUAUCCUGGACUGUCCUUAAUUUCCCUGUCAUUCUUUUAGUGAGGGCUUAUGGGUAGCCAUGGGAAAAUAAAGAUCACUUUCCAGUUCAUCCAGGUGUGGUCCUUAAUAACUCAGCUGUUUCUCGCUUGGCCACACUGUGCCUGGAUCCAGGUGAUAUCCUCCAGCUUAGUGAGUGGAAAUCUGAGGGCUGGGUACAUCUUUUGUCAGUAACUCAGUGCAUACCUACUCCAACGAGGGGAUCCCAGGAGCGAUUGUCUAGGGGAAUCUAGUUGCCUUCUGAAGAAAGUGUGUUCCCUUCAGAUAUCAGAGCAGAUAUUCUGAAGGGUAAGGAGCUAUGGCAAAGACCAUACUCAGGCUGAAACAUUCUGCCAUGCAGAUACAAGCCAGAUCCCCACUUUUAUUAAGGCUUCUUUGUCCCUUCACAAAAUAGUAAGCCCAGGAAUAGAAAUUCUAACUAAGCAUCUGAUGGAGGACAGGAAAAGGUCUGAAGCUGCUUGUUAACAAGACACCAAUAGGAAUGGGUAGAGAAGCCCCUGAAUGAGGCCUGAGUGUCAUCUGAGGCCCCAUCACUCUCCUUUCUUAGCUUGCCAGUGUAUGGUAACUUGUUGGUGGCUCUAAGUAGUGCCCUGAUUCCCCAGACCAUGGUUGGAAUGGGCUUCCAUCUCCCCCUUCCCAUUUUGCCACCUGGGGAGAACCCAACCCCCUUCUCCCCUGAAUGAUCUGGAGAUAGGCUUUGUAGCAUCUCUGCUUUUGUUCCUCUUGCCCUGCCUAAAUUAGACUGAUGGAAAUGGCCAGAAGAUGCACUACCUUCCUGCUUGGAGGGCAACACUCUAUGUCUUCUGCAUCUUUUCAUCCCUUAACCUUACUUUCACCGCUGUUAAAGCACUGGAUAUAACCAUUUUUUUUUUCAGCUGAAUUGUAUGGACUAACUUCAGUCAACUGUAAAUACACUGGGGGGGGGAGGGGAAGGGGGGGAUGUGGGACUCUUGUGACCCGAAUGUAUUUUUAUGCAAAUUUGAGUGGCCUUUCAACCCUGAGAUGAAUGAUUUUGUUUUACUGGUUGUCACUAUAUAGUAUUAUUAUGUGUUUGAAAGUUUGAGAUAAUAAUAUUCACAUCUAUAUGAUGCCUGUAAACACAACAGUAUUUAUAAAUGAGUAAAUAAAACUGUGUUUUAACUUUG